UUUACCGUUAAAUAAUAACGAUGAAACUAUUGCUAGCAUUAUUCAACAAAUAGCAGAUUUGAAAUUAGAUAUUAAAAAAUAUAAUGCAACUAUUAAUAAGAAAGACCAAUUUUUGAUGGAUGGAGAAUUUAAUGGUGAAGAUGACUUUUCACGACCAUUUUUUGUAUGGGAAAAUAAAAAAUAUCACCAAGAAAUAUCUGAGUUGUUAAAAGGAGAAGAAAUAACUAUAAAAGCAGAUGUAGAAGAAAGCGAUCGCAAUAAAAGUGCAAUUAAGUUCAAUAAAAUAAACAUCAGAUUCAAAUCGAUAGAUGAAGCAAUGCAAAAUGAAAUUGAUAGUAUGAUUAAAGGCUUUGAUGUUACGAUGACUCAUUUAGGCAACUCAUAUUAUAGAUAUGGUGAUGAGUUUCAUGUAAUAAGAAGUGAUCAACAAGUUACUAUAUGUUAUAGUUUUAAAUCAAAUAAUGGAGGCCCAGUUAGAAAAAACACUGCAUUUACAAAAAUUAAUCAGGGCAACAUAAUGCUUAGCCCUUACACAAUGUGGAAGAUAAAGCUUAAACCCAUUGAAAAGGUUGAUUUUAGUAAACUAAGGACUUAUGAAGACAAGGUAAACCUAGAAUUGGUAGGGCAUGGAAUGUAUGUCGAUAGUGAUAAUAUAGUAAAGAAGAAAUAUUAA